AUGGCUCAAAAAAUUGCACCGGCAGCAUUACGAUUAUAUACAAAUAAAAAGUUUGAUGCUUCUUGGUUUAGUGAUCGAAUGUAUGGUUCUUUAUUACAAAAAACUUUAAACAUAAAGAAAUUUGUACAUUCUAUUUUUGAAAGUAUUGGGACAAAAACAGCGCUUUCUCAUGUUCAAGCAAAUCCACAACAUAUAUAUAUACAAAGUUUUUUUUGUUCACCAAGAGUAAUGAACCAACGACUUCGAAAAAAAUAUGUUGCACUGGAAUCAAAUACGCAAUUUUUACAUCCUUUUGAAGCAUAUUUAACAGCAAAAGAAAAAUUUGGAAGAUAUCCUCUUUUUGCUAUUUGUCUGGGUGCUCAACAUAAGGAAUGGGAAACAUUUCAACAUAUUGGUUUUAUGCAUUUACUAUUACUUAUGAAGUAUCGUUCAUCGCAGCAACAUGUAGUUUCAAACCAUAGAAAUAAGACUAUGGCUGCAAUACUGUUAAAAAAAAAUAGAAAUAUGUAUACGCACAAAAAACAGUUUUCUAUUUUAAAUACUUCUGAGCAAAAAACAAAUCAAAUAAUAACUAAAUAUGUCUCUCAUAUUGAAAAUGUUUUAGCAUUGUAUACACAAAAAAAAGUUGUAUGGACACCUUAUAAAAUUAAGAAUGCGUUUACAAGUGCUUCUUUUGUUGCACAUUAUAUUGCUUUACAAUUUGAGCAAAAUAAAAAGAAACCGUUCCGUAGUAUUUUUCAAGAUGUAUUAAAACAAUGUGUUAAAACACCACAACUCGUAGGUAUUCGAAUAGCUAUUGCUGGACGAAUUGGUGGAGCUGAAAUGGCACGUGUUGAACAAACCCAAUACGGGCAAACUUCGUUACAUGUCUUUUCUCAUACAAUUGACUAUCAUGCGACCUCUGCUUAUACACCUCAUGGUUUGCUCGGGGUAAAAGUUUGGAUGUCUUUUAAAUCAUAG